ACUUAAUUAGGAUUUGCAAUUUGUAGGUCUAUUGUCUUGUCUUUCUUCUCAAAUGAAUGUGAGGCAUAUACAUUUUGGAUCAAUGCUUGCUUUCAAAUUAGGGAUUUGUCCAUUGUAAAUGUUAUUAGAGAUUUACAUCUAUUUGAAUGCCUUGGAUUAUUACACUCCCCAUCAGUAAACUGUAUGGAUAGUUCGUAUAUCAAUAAAUAUUUGUCCAGGCUCCAGCCAUGAGGUUGGUUGUUUUGUUUCUGUUAUCUUGUUCGAAGACACUUUGUCUACACAAUUGGCAAUUGUUUGUUCAUGUGUUGUGGAACUGUCAUUUCUUCACUUUUCUGAAAAUUUAAUAGAUGAUGAGUUGUAUGUUAUUUUGUAUUUUGUGUAAUCCAUUCCUUCUUGAAUUUUCUUCCGAAUUUGUUAUAUUAUAUAGCUGAUCCCAAACUUAUGGACAUGUCCUUUUACAUCAACAACCUUCUCAGUUUUCAUUUUUCAGCACUUACAGGUUAGAAUUAUGGUUCAUAUAUACUUGGCUUGGUGUAAUCGUAUCAACUUUUAUUUUCUAUUUUAUUCAAUUAGGGAUGGUCCAUUAUUGGUGGUUGCAUCAGGCUGGGAUACUAUCUCUGUUGCAAGUUGCAUAAAACGGUUAGCUCCAGAAAAAGUCUUUGUUGUUCAGAUACAGCAUCCCAGAUCACAGCUAAAUCAGUUCAAUCUGGUGAUUACUCCUCGCCAUGAUUAUUACCCAUUAACUCCUGAAGGACAGGAACAGAUCCCAUGGUUUCUUCGGAGGUGGAUAACUCCUCGUGAACCUCCUGACAGACAUGUGGUCCUCACUGUGGGAGCUCUUCAUCAGGCUGACUCUACCGCUUUACAGGUUGCUGCUUGUGCCUGGCAUGAUGAGUUGGCUCCUUUGCUGAAACCCUUGCUCGUGGUUAACAUUGGAGGGCCUACAAAACAUUGUCAAUAUGGUGCAGACCUUGCAAAACAGUUGACAGCAUCCUUGAAGAAUGUUCGUUGGAGUUUUGGAAGCCUC